AGAAGGAGCCGUUCAUCCGGAGGAGAGCAGCAGCUGCUCCGCUGGUGUCGCGGGUUUCGAAGAGUUUAAAGUUGCAGCUUCUUCAGUUUCUCUCGGUUUGUGGCCCGGACUCCUCUAAAGGUGAUCGGGAGAAGAGUCUGAAGGAGCAGCUCAGGAAUAAAAUGUUUUCUCCGUUAGAGAUCCAUGUAAAGCAGGAGGAAACUGUAAAAAGUGAACCAGAGCCUCAGCUCUCUGACACUGACAAAGGUCACCCAAAGACAGAGAAACUACAGAGCGAUGACCCCUGUGGGAAGACAUUUAACACCGGGAGACGGCCCAGAAGACGCCAACACGUCCACGGUGGGGACGGACGGAUUAGCUGUGACCAGUGUGGAAAGUCUUUUACUCAGAUGAGUCACUUAAAAUCACACAAGCUCAUCCACAGUGGGGAUAGACCCUUUAGCUGUACGCUGUGUGGAAGGUCUUUUACUCAGAGGAGUCACUUAAAAACACAUCAUCUCAUCCACACUGGAGUUAAACCGUACAGCUGCAACCAGUGUGGAAAGGCUUUUGCUUACCAUAGUAACUUAAAAACACAUCAGCUCAUCCACACUGGUGUCAAACCGUUCAGCUGUGAUCAGUGUGGGAAGUCAUUUACUCGGAUUUGUCACUUAAAAACACAUCGGCGCAUACACACUGGAGUGAGACCGUUCAACUGUGGCCAGUGUGGAAACGCUUAUAUAGCCCUCAGUCACUUAAAAAGACAUCAGUUAACCCACAGUGAGGUUAAACCAUAUAUCUGUGGUGAGUGUGGACAGUCUUUUAAGGACAUUAGUGACUUAAAAAUACAUCAGUACGACCACGCUGGAGUUAAACCAUUCAGCUGUGAUCAGUGUGGGAAGUCUUUUACUCGGAAUAAUAUGUUAAAUAGACAUCGACUCAUCCACACUGGAGUUAAACCGUUCAGCUGUGAUCAGUGUGGGAAGUCUUUUACUCUCCUUUGUAACCUAAAAACACAUCAGCGCAUCCACACUGGAGUUAAACCUUUCAGCUGCGAGCAGUGCGGAAAGUCUUUCACUCAAAUGGGUCAUUUAAAAAGACAUCAGUUCAUCCACAUGGAAGACUUUUAGCUGUGAUCAGUGCUGAAAGUCUUUUGCUCAUAAGGGAAUCUUUUGAGUAAGCAUUGCUCCAUGAUCAUUGUAGAAAAACCUUCAGCCUGCAAAGUACUUUAAAAACAGAGGAAUUAAUCCAAGAUUGAACUCUCAGAUUCUCGUCUCCAGUGCCCUGCCAUAGACCUUCCCAGGGAGGCUGGGGAGUGUGAUCCCCUUGAAGCUGGAGAACACCCUCCACUCCCCUUCCUAUGAAAAAGGUGAACCAUUACCCGAGUCUAGAGAUGGCGCCCCAGGCCUACAUACAGUGCUGCAGUCCCAGAACAUCCAGGGCCUGAAGAACUCAGGGUGAAUGUUUUCUAACCCAGGGUCCUCGCCACAGAAGAGUUGUUUACUUACUUCACUGACCUCACCCCCAGGGACGGCCAAAUUUCCCAUCUCGUCUCUAGACUCUGCUGACAUUUGUUUACUGCCAGACCUGCAGUCCCACAAGCUAGCCUGAUAACGCUUCAGCCUGAUAACGCUUCAGCCUGAUAACGCUUCAGCCUGAUAACGCUUCAGCCUGAUGGCUUCCUUCCUAUUGCAUGGCACUGAACAGGAGUAGCCCUCCAAUCUCAUUGUACAUCCUGUAUAAUGACAAUAAAGGCAUUCUAUUCUAUUCACGUUUGGUGUCCGCCAUCUGAUUUGGAGAUUAGUGAUGAUGGGUACCAACCACCUUCAGCUUCUCUUUUCACCUGUGUCCAAGAAAUGCAGCUGCAUAUCUGAUGAUGAUCUACGACCUGGGGUGUCCUGCUGCCACGGUAUUCAUUAUGGACAAACUGAUUGGCACAGAAGUCUGAUAACACUUGGGUUUAGGUCAGUCUUUGAAGUCACUCAGUAGGACUCAGACUCCCCACUGAGGAACUCCAUGAAGCCCGGGUACUACAAACCUUUCUUCCAGCACUCGUGCACAGACGAGAGUCAGGACCCGUUCCCCGAUCCAAAGGCACAGGGAUACAAGUAUACCCACUCCUGCCCAUUGCUACUCCAUGGAGGCCACUCCAGAGUGGAACAAAGUCCAGACCCUCUCCAGGAAGCUGGUCCCAGAGUUGCCUAUACAUUGAGCCAGACUAUUUAUAAUUGGUGUAGCUCGUAGGGGUUUUCUGUCUUCUGACCCCUCACCCAGGACCAGUUUUCUUUGGGAGAUCCUGCCAAGGGCAAAUUGCCCCCAGUUACGAAGUUCCUGGGAUCACUAGGACACACUGACUUCCUCACUACAAUGAGGUGGAGAUUUAUGGAGGCCGGACUCUCAAAAUCCUCCAUUACAGUAAUGUAGAGCUCUUAGUCUCAACUUUUCUGCUCGUAACCGAACUGUCCAAUUAAAAAGCAGCAAAAUUUGAUCAGCUGCUCUUCAUUGUUAUAUCAUAAAUGUAGUGGUAAGUUAUCAAAAGUGGAAAAAAAAAAAAAAAAAGGUUUGUGUUGGAUAAUUGUUUUGAAAAUUGGAAACAAUGUAAAAU